AUGGAACUCCCCUACACCAAGGAGUACUCCCAAAGAGUAGCAAGGAUCCUCAAACAGGAGUUGUCCUUCGAGGCAACACUGCGGGAAUGCACAGGGAGUACGGACCUGGUUCCCAGUUUCGGAGAAGGAGAGUUCUGUACCUGCGGGGAGGUGUGUCUUCCAAAGGUUCCUCAGGAGUGCGCGAGUUCCCUGAAGGGUCGAGUGCAGCUGCAGGUUCAAGAAGGGAUGUUUCAGGAGGAUUGCGAUGAUGAGAGUAGGGUGACCGAUGAGAACGACGAUGACAUGGACACCUCAGGUGAUGUGUACGUGGUAGGAGAUGGAAAAAGGGAAGUGUUCUCCGAGGCUCAGGUUCAGAAGAUAGAGGCCCGAGCUAAAGAACUCCUUGAGAAACAACAGUUCAGCCACGGCACUUGUGAACAGGUCCUGAAGUCCCUGCCCAAUUACCGACCCAAGAACCAUCGUAGUGUGCUUCAAGAAGAACAUGUUCGGUACUUGUCGUUUGGUCUGUAUGCCUACGGAAAUCACUACGGAGUUACGAAAAGUACCCUGAAGUUUCCCAACAUAUGUAGGUAUAUUCUCGCGUAUGUGCAGCACUGGUCGAAGGAGCAGAUAGAGUGCACCUCGUUUGUGGUCAACGACAAUGGCACACUGAAGGUUCAUCGUGACAACCACAAUAGAGUAGGUUCCCGGAACUGCCUGAUAGGAGUAACCAACUACCAAGACGGUGGCCUGUGGCUAGCAGGGCCACCGCAGAACAAGCAACAGCCCGCGCGAGCCAAGGUAUUGCCAAACGGCAAAACCGAGCUGGGACACGUGGUGUCCACCCGGCACCGAGUGGUGCACUUCGACGCCAAACAGUGGCACGCGACCGAGGCUUGGCAUGGGGACCGCGUCGUGGAGCGGGCUAAGGUGAAGCCGCGACAGGUUGCCUCCCUGGAGCAUCAGAACUUUAUGGUGGUGGUGGAUGAGGGUUCGAGGUUCAGGGUCGCGAAGAUACUGACCAAGGGACAGAAGCAGACCCCCAGUGGAGCAGUGUGCACGAACUAUUUGUCUGAGGGAUGGUUUCAGGUCUUCGGAAAACCAAAGACGCUGAGGCUCGAUCCGGCUGGUAGCUUUCGUGGGGAACAUAUGUCAAGUUUCUGUGACCGCCAUGGCAUAUAUCUUGACAUAAUCCCUGGGGAAGCUCACUGGCAGAUUGGAGUGACAGAACAGGCCGUACAAGGACUGAAGCAGCUCACGGACAAGCUAGCAGCUGCCGACCCAGAGGUCAGUGCUGAGGAGUGCUUGAGCGUGGCUGUCAGUACCUUCAAUCAGCGUGAGAUGGUGCGAGGCUUCUCGCCAACCCAGCAUGUGCUGGGCCACAGCCCAGACAGUACGGGGCGGCACAUCCAUUCCGCCGCCUUGCUUCCAGAAGAGCCUAUCUUGAGUAGCUCCCCGGAGGAGCUCAAGCGAGAAGCUCGGUUGAGAGCAGAGGCCGAGAAAGCUCUGGCGGAUUGGACGGCCCAGCAACGAGUGACGAAGGCCUUGAAUUCUCGGACCAGGCCUCACCAACAGUAUCAGCCAGGAGACCUCGUAUUUUUCUGGCGAACUCAAGAGUCGGGCCAGGGCAAGCGUAGUCCUGGGACCAAGCACGGCCGCUUCCUCGGACCAGCGAGGAUCCUCGCCACCGAGGUCCGAAGGAAUCCGGACGGCAGCACCCGGGAUGGCCACGCUAUCUGGUGUGUGAGAGGUAGACAACUCAUCAAGUGCAGCCCAGAACAACUCAGACCCGCCAGCACGCGAGAAGAGCUUGUGGAGAGCUUUUCCGAGGACCAGGGAACCCCCUGGACCUUCAGUCGGCUCUCUCAAGAGUUGGGCGGAAAUCAGUAUGAGGACAUCAGUGCCGAGGUGCCCGAUGAUGCCGAGUGGAGGCGAGCCCAGGACGUGACGGAGGAAGUGGCCCCCGCACGGCAUCGCUUGACACGAAAACGGCCACCACCAGGACCCUUGGAUCAAGAAACCACGGAAUCGAUGGAUGAGCUUCUGGCAGAGACGAGCCCUACGGAUCCAGUGAGACGCAGCAGCGCCUCAGCGGCAUCAGGACAUCGAAGGCCAGAGCCUACGGAGCGAGGGUACAGUUGGUGGUCCGAAGUGAAAGAGUCCGCCUGGCAACCUGCUGAUUCCAGUUUCUGGUCGGAAGCUCACGCUGCCGUGGCAGUAGAAGUGGACAUGCCGCAGCAGGGACAGGCCUGGAACAGGGCCACGAGAGACCUGGGAGCAUACUUGGCAUGUGCGUUGAAGAAGCGCGCGGUGGAAGUAUCGGAGAAGCGCCUCACCACCAAGGAGCUUGAGCAGUUCAAGCAAGCGAAGAUGAUUGAGGUGAAGAACUUCCUAGCGGCGAACGCGUUUGAGGUCCUGCCCGACCACAUUAAGCCGAGUAAAGAACAAGCAGUCGGUAUGCGUUGGAUCUUGACUUGGAAGAUGCAAGAUUCAGGAUUGCCUAAGGCGAAAGCACGCGCCGUGCUCUUAGGCUAUCAAGACCCAUCGUAUGAACACCGAGCAACAACGGCACCGGUCAUGACCAGACAGACACGCCAGCUACUUCUUCAGUUGGCGGCCAACCAAAAAUGGCGUAUCAUGAAGGGAGACGUCAGCGGUGCCUUCUUACAAGGGCGAGAGUAUCCAGAUGAAUUGUUUUGCAUUCCAUGUCCAGAAAUAUGUCAGGAGAUGGGCCUUCCCGCUAAUACCGUAACUCGUCUUAAAAAGGCGUGUUACGGAUUGGUGGACGCACCCCUUGAAUGGUACAAGACUGUGGCAGCCUACCUGGAGAGUCUGGGAUUGGAGCGGCUAUGGUCAGAUGCUUGUGCAUGGGUGUGGAGAAAAGACGGCGUCCUCCGAGGUAUGAUUUCGGGACAUGUUGACGAUUUCAUCUUUGCAGGCUCUGACUCAGAUCAGGAGUGGCAGAGUUUGUUGGCACAGAUUAAGGCUCACUUCAAAUGGGGGGACUGGGACUUGGACAACUUCACACAGUGUGGAGUGCAGGUUGAAACCACGAAGGACGGCUUCACCUUGUCACAACCAAGGUACCUUGAGGGAGUGAGUGAAAUCCAUGUCAAUGCUACGCGGCGGAAGACCCGUCAAGCCGCCACCUCAGACCGCGAAAAAUCGCAGUUACGCGGCCUACUGGGAGCGCUUAGUUGGCACAGCCAACAAGUGGCACCCCACUUAGCAGCGGAUGUGAGCAUGCUCCUGUCUGAAGUAACUCACUCGCAGGUGGAGACAAUCUUCCGGGCAAAUGCUUUGCUCACUCAGGCCAAAGCCAGAAGCGACCACAAGCUGAAGAUCCAGAGGUGUGUGUCGGAACAAAUGAUCUUGGCCGCUUGGGUGGAUGCAGGCAGUCAGAAUAGGCACGAUGGUGGCAGCACUCAGGGCGUGGUGAUCGGUGCCGCCCCAGCAGAACUUCUGCAUGGGGAGGUGACUCAGGUCUCUUUGAUGGCCUGGCACUCAAAUCGCAUAGAUAGAUCUUGCCGCAGCCCAGGCGCAGCAGAGACGCAGGCCGCCGUGAACGGGGAGGACGCAUUAUAUUAUGCACGCUUCCAAUGGAGUGAGAUGUUGUAUGGCAACGUGAACCCUCGACAACCGGAUGAAGUUGUUCGACGAGUUACCGGGUGCCUCAUUACGGACUCCAGGAAUGUGUAUGAUAAGCUAUCCUGUGAGGUGGCGAGCAUCAAGGGUGCGGAAGAGCGCACCAACAUAGAAGCCCUGGCAUUGAAAGAGUCACAGCAGAACACUGGGCUCAUUGUGCGGUGGGUGCACUCCGAAGCACAACUGGCCAAUUCGCUUACCAAGAUGAGAGGCAAGAAUGAAAUCGAGAUGUUCUACAGGCUCGGGCAGUCAUGGCGCAUUGUCGAGGACCCAGAAAUGCAAUCAGCUCGCAGGCGGAGAGAAGCAGGCUUAGAGCCACUAGCACAGAAGGAGAAGCAGAAUCACUAG